CUGAGCACUAGCGGUGGUGAAGGAGGGAUAUGUUGAGCAUGCCUUAAACCCUACGCUGGAUUUUCAAUAUUUUUUAACAAAUAACAUAAAAUAACUGCAUUACGUUAUGAUUAAUCUUCAGAAUAGUAAUAAAUGUAAGGACCUUAACAGCGGAUUAUAUAAAAGAAAUCCAACAAAGCGUAGCAAAUACAAUUUACACUGCCAGAGCUACUUAGUUGUCGAAGGGGAAGAGGAAAUAGUGGAGUAACAAGUUGGAAAGAAAGUGGCUACAGUUUAGCGUGUUCAUAAGAAUGUGCUGAUAUUUUACUGAAGACGAGUGUGGUUGUUGUAAAUGGGAAGCAUAAAUGAAGCUCUUUCCAACUUGUGAUUACUUUUGAUUUUGCAACUUAAAUGUACGAAAUCGAAAAAAAAACAUCUGGGAACAGAUUCAUCAAAAUGAGGAUUAAUUAACAUUGCUGAAGGAGAAGGAGACUUUUUACUUUUUUUUGUCUGCGUUAUGUUGCAGUUUUUGAGUACCAUUAACUCGGGCUGCGCAGUGUAAAAGUUAUAUCAAUGUCAACCACACUAAACAGGAAUAGUUUCGUCGGGCUUAUUAGUCAUCAGCAGUCUUUAGCGGUUUACAUGGAAAUUUAACGUAAUUAGGAUUUCACUUGAGAGACGAGGAGCAGUUUUCGUACUUGUUGGUGGUCAGAAGUAAAUGCAGUUCAGUUUCUGACUGUUCAAAAACGCUUCUCGAAGCUACCUGGUCCGAUGGAAGAUUUGACUUUGUAAAACUGACGUUGCUUCAUUUCCCUGCUGUGGUGGAGAAGAGCGAAGGAUGAAGCUGAGCAGACAAUUUACCGUGUUUGGCAGUGCCAUAUUCUGCGUGGUGGUGUUCUCCUUGUACCUAAUGCUGGAUCACCUACAAUUAGACCAUACCAAAAAUCCGAGGAAUGGAGCGGGCAUGUUUCAAAAAGGGCAACUAUCCAUACUUCAGGAGAAGAUUGACCAUUUGGAGAGAUUGCUGGCAGAAAACAAUGAAAUUAUCUCCAACAUCAGGGACUCUAUCCUCAGUCUGAGUGAAACUGUAAAGGAUGGCAAGGUUAAUCCUGAUUCAAUGAAUGUGAGCAGAGCUGCUUUUCCAGAGCUACUUGCAUCUCCCCCUCUGGUGAUUCCUGUGGAAACAGAGGACUGUCAGUUUGCAGUCAGGCCGUAUUCUAAGGCCUCUGAUGAUGUACAGAUGCUGGAUGUCUACAGCCUGCUUCCCUUUGACAACCCUGAUGGAGGAGUUUGGAAACAAGGCUUUGACAUCUCUUACGAUGAGCACGAGUGGGAUAAUGAGCCUCUGCAGGUGUUUGUUGUUCCCCAUUCACAUAAUGACCCUGGAUGGCUGAAGACAUUUGAUGACUACUACCGUGACCAGACACAACAUAUCUUGAAUAAUAUGGUGGUAAAACUACAUGAAGACAAGAGAAGAAAAAUGCUGUGGUCAGAGAUCUCCUACUUCUCCAAAUGGUGGGACAGCAUUGACAACCAAAAGAGGGAUGCUGUAAAAAGUUUAAUUGAAGGUGGCCAGCUGGAAAUCGCAGCAGGUGGGUGGGUCAUGCCUGAUGAAGCCAGCACACAUUACUUCGCUAUGAUUGACCAGCUGUUGGAAGGACACCAGUGGCUUGAGAAAAAUCUGGGAGUGAAACCAAUGACUAGUUGGGCUGUCGACCCCUUUGGACAUUCUUCUACAAUGGCCUACAUUCUGAAACGUGCAGGGUUUAAAAACAUGUUAAUCCAGAGGAUACACUACUCAGUGAAGAAGCAUUUUGCUACUCAGAAGACACUUGAAUUUUUCUGGCGCCAGAACUGGGAUCAGGAUUCCAGUACUGACAUCCUGUGCCACAUGAUGCCGUUUUACAGCUAUGAUGUCCCUCACACGUGUGGACCAGACCCCAAGAUAUGCUGUCAGUUUGACUUCAAGAGGCUUCCGGGCGGCAGAAUCAGCUGUCCCUGGAGGGUCCCACCUGAGGCCAUCAAUGACGGAAAUGUUCAAUAUAGGGCUCAGAUGCUGUUGGAUCAGUACAGAAAGAAAUCCAAACUCUACCGGACCAAGGUAGUGCUUGCACCCCUGGGGGAUGAUUUCCGAUACACAGAAGCUUUAGAGUGGGAUCAGCAAUUUCAGAAUUACCAGAAACUUUUUGAUUACAUGAACUCUCAUCCAGAUAUGCAUGUCAAGGCCCAGUUUGGUACAAUUUCAGAUUACUUUGAAGCCCUUCGAAAAGCUGCUGAUAUUGACCGGGUGAACAGUGCUCCUUCAUUGUUUCCAGUCUUAAGUGGGGACUUCUUCACCUAUGCAGAUCGGGAUGAUCAUUAUUGGAGUGGAUACUUCACUUCACGCCCUUUCUACAAAAGGAUGGACAGAGCUUUAGAGUCACAUCUGAGGGCUGCUGAGAUUCUCAAUUCUCUUGCUUUGGCUAGUGUUCAGAAGUCUGGCAAACUGAAAGAUUUUCCAUCUGAGAAUUAUAAACUACUAACUGAAGCCAGAAGAAAUCUUGGCCUUUUUCAGCACCAUGAUGCCAUUACAGGAACCGGUAAAGACUGGGUAGUUGUGGACUAUGGCACAAGACUCUUCCAUUCAAUUUUAAACCUAAAGAGAGUGAUAAUUAACUCAGCUCACUGGCUUAUUCUGAAGAACAAAGAGGAGUACAGUCACAGCUCUUCGGUUCCCUUCCUUCAGAUGGAUGACAUUCAGCCCUCUCAAGAUGCUUUGCCUCGCAAGACUGUGAUUAAGCUUAGUGCGAAUCCCAGGUCACUAGUAAUCUAUAACCCCACAGAACAGGAUCGGUCUGCUGUGGUAACUGUGUAUGUGAAUACUCCAAGAGUAAGAGUACUCACAGCUCUUGGACACCCAGUGAAGGCACAAGUCAGUGCUGUCUGGGAGGAAACAGCCAGAGUAUCCAAAGAAGCUUUCCAGGUUUCCUUUGUGGCUCACCUGUCUGCCCUUGGACUAGGAGUGUACCAGCUCACAGAAGGUGCAGACUCCAACACGGUCAUGGCUGAAUAUACAAUAUAUAAGAAAGAUGGAGACCUGAGUGUUGAUGAAUCCUUCAGAAUGAAUGUUUUACAGGAAGACACUGUGCAUUUCACCAUUGAAAAUCCACAUCUGAAAGUGUGGUGUUCUGGAUCUUCUGGAUUAAUGGAGAGGGUGAAAUCUAAAGAAGAGGGGACAGAACGUAAUGUGAAGGUGGAGUUUAUGUGGUAUGGAACAACUAGCAACAGAGACAAGAGUGGAGCAUAUCUGUUUCUACCAGAUGGAGAGGCUAAGCCAUACAUUACUUCAGAUCAACCUGUAAUAAAAGUAAUGAAAGGGCCUGUUAUUUCAGAAGUUACAAGCUCUUACCAUCAUUUCACCCAUUCUCUCCGUCUUUAUAAUGUGCAAGGAGUGGAGGGGCAGUCUGUGGAGAUCUCCAAUAUCGUGGAUAUAAGAGGAGAGUUCAACCGUGAAAUUGCAAUGAGAAUAACAUCAGAUCUUAACAGCAGUAAUCGAUUCUAUACAGACCUUAAUGGUUACCAGAUUCAACCCAGGCGAACUAUGACAAAGCUGCCUCUACAAGCCAACUUCUAUCCAAUGACUACAAUGACCUACAUUCAAGAUGAUACAAUUCGGAUGACAUUGCAUUCUGCACAGUCCCUAGGGGUGGCCAGCCUCAAACCAGGCCAGUUGGAAGUCAUCAUGGACCGGAGACUCAUGCAGGAUGACAACCGCGGACUCGGACAGGGUAUCCAAGAUAAUAAAAUCACAGCAAACCUGUUUCGCAUUCUUCUGGAGAGAAGAAUCAGUGUGGACGAGAAAGAGAACAGCAAGCCAUCAAGCUAUCCCUCUCUGCUGAGCCAUGUAUCUUCAUUGUACUUGAAUCACCCAGUUCUUCCUAUGACUAUUAGCACUGAUUUUGGAGAUGCAUCACUCUCAGCCUUCAGCCCACUUGUUUCAUCAAUGCCAUGUGACAUGCAUUUGGUUAAUCUCCGAACCAUACAGUCAAAGGAGGGAGAUGGGCCAUCAGAUGAAGCAGCCUUAAUUCUGCAUAGAAAAGGAUUUGACUGUGCAUUCUCCACUAAAAACACAGGGUUGCUCUGUUCUACAACACUUGGCAAGAUUGCCCUGGAGAGGAUAUUCAAGGAAAUGAAAGUGCAGAGCUUCACACCAGUGUCUUUAUCUUUGAUGCACACAUCUGAUGAAGGCAAGAACACAAAUGAGAUACACCUUAAGUCUAUGGAGCUCAGUACUUUCCGAAUAAAACUGAGAUGAAGUUGCCCCCUUCAUGAUAUGCACAAGAUUUGACAAUACUGAGGAAAGACUUCCUUUUCCUGUUUUUGAUGAAUUAUGUGUGCAUCAAAAGCCAUGAGACUGUAUCUUUAACCAGGAAAGACAAUAGAGGAUGGGGUUAAUCAAAAUACAAAUCACCUUAAGCCUCACAAGGGAGUGCAAUAUACCUUGUCUCACACAGUCUCAGGUUCAGCGUUUUCCCAAGCGUUUUUUUUUUUCUUUUAAGCAACUAAAAAGACUAAAGAAAAAGACAUCACUGUGCUGGAAAAUAUGUUUAACCAUCGGAUUCUAUAGGAAGACUGAUGCUGGGGUUGAAUGCAAAUGUUCUGCUGAAGUGAGAAAACAGAAUUCCACUGAAUUUGUUAAGAGGAGGUAAUCUUUGACCUUUGGUCUGGAGAGUUUGUUGAGCUGUACAUUUCUGAUACAUCUGCGUCUUAAGUAAUGUGCAAUGGAACAGUUUUAGUCUAAGAAUUACUAUCCCAUCUUUUGGAACAGGGGACAAAAAAGGAUUCUCAAGUGGAUUUUUUUAUUAUUCCAAAGUUGCCAUAUGGGAUUAAAAUGUGCCUUAUUUUCAGGUUUCUUAAUGGAUCUUUUAUGUACUGUUCUUACUAUCUUGUCUUUGUAUCUUGGUGUCACAGUUCUGUUGUAGUGAAGUGUUUCAUGUUUAUCAACAAUGCAGAUGAAAUUUCAGAAAAGUCACCAGAGCAAAAUAUAAGCCAGUCUUCUUCAGACUGUUUAGCUUCUGGGAACUUUAAAUGUAUGGUAAUGAUAAAAUUAGAUGUCAUUGCACCACUGGUAAUUUCAAGUGCUAUACAGUAUGCUUAUUUUGCCAAGGUAAAAACAAAGCAUUUCUUUUUUCAUUGAGAUCAGCCAGGCUAUUUUUUUUUCUCUGGGGAAAGGGAGAGUAAUUAAUCUUCUGUUUAUGUGCAAUGAAUGUGGAUUGCUUUAUAGUUUGUUGGGCAAUGUUUUCAUAAUUAUGUUUUAAUUGAUUUUAUGGAGUGUGUUGUAUAAGUAGAUAUGAUUAGUUGAGAAAGUCAGCUUUGCAGUGAGCUUUCUGUAUUGCGUAUUUGAUUGAUCCUUAAUCAUUUGUGAUUUAUAUGGACCUAAUUGAGUUAAGAGGACUUUUAUUUUUAAAGUUCUAUCAGGUUUAUAAUUUUUACAGCUGAUUUUCUUCAAUAUUGAAAAUGAAUGAAUGAUUUAAAUUCAUUUUUCACUUUACAUUUUACAAGAAAUUACUAGUUGUGUGAAGGAGAUUGGGUUUUGCAGUAGUUCUCUUAAACUUAUAAUGCUUUAAGGUGGUGGGCUUUUAUUUAAAAUAAUGAAGGCAAAAUGUUAUAUUUUCAAAAUGGUUUUGACAUUGGAGGCUACAUAAACAUGUCAAAUUCACUAUAGACUAGUACUUUGCAUUUUUUAUGGAUUGCAAGUGAAUCAAAAUGAUGAUGGUAAUAAGAGUGUACAGAAAAGGGUUAAAAUCAGUAACAUUUAAAAAUGUCAACCUCUGUUAGCUGAUUCUUACAAAACUAAGGUGUGUUCAUCAUGGGGCAACCGAUUGUGUUUGUGUAGUCAUACAAGCAUGCUGGUUAAUGGUAAUGGCAAUUAACUGUCAGUGUGUUUUUCAACACUACUUAAAGAGGACAAGCAGAAAUAAAAAAUCCAGUAAUAUUUUAAAAGACAUGCUAUGACAGCCACAUCUCCUGUCCUUUCCUAAUGAAUAUGAAGACAUCAAUUCCCACAAUAGGAAAACAAUUACAGCUGAUUUCUACUGUGAUAUUUUUUUAAUAUAACACAAAAGUGCACUUUGUUUAUAUUUUCUCUAUUUACAGAUCUACCAACUACCGGUUUGUAUAGUUUGCAGUUAUUAUGUCAAAAAGAAUUGGAAAUGACAGUAAUAAUAAGUCUUUGUUGGAUUCUGGCAGAUGUAUGCAGGCUUAUUAAUUUCAAUGUGUGUUUUUUUAUUUUAAUACUUUAAUGAAACACAGCCCCUUUGAAGGGUGUAUGUUAAAUUUCUUAUUUAAGCAUGUUACCUAUUCAAAGGAGUGCCUAAUGUUUUAAAAUAUUCUCACCUGUUCACACGAACAACACAGUAGUGAUGCAAUCAAACUCACAAUUAUGUAUGUUGAGAAACUGCAAGUAAUUGACCUACAAAUUUAUCUGUUCCUCUUUGUUAACUAGAACAAACAAAGCUAACUAAAGUGUCUUUCUAGCAUUUUAAAGUUAUUGGAAACAUUUUUUUAGGAGUAAAAACACCGAAUAUAGAAAUAAUUGCAGAUUCAUUGACAGUUUUCCCUUUAAAGAUAUGUUCAGAAAGCAAUUAGUAUUUGUCCAAAUUGUGCUAAAGAAAACACCUCAAAAGCUCCCGUAUUAUUUUGUGGGUAGCCCUAUACUAUUAUUUUCAGGCAAUAGCUGUUCCUAUACACUGCCUGCCUGGGUGCACAGGUUAAUAUAAAUUCUACAGUAAGUAAUGAAAGGACAUUCUUCCAGCAACAUGUAGCAGGAAUACUUACAACUUAUUUUAAGAAACAAAUACAUUAACCUGAUGGGCUCUAAUGCAGUUCUUUGUAGCAUCUGUCCACCUUGCACUGUAUUUUAACAGAAUAUGAAUGCCAUUCAACACAAAUAUAUUUACAUACCCAACCCCAGUUACCUGAGGCUCAUUCACUUCACUUGAAAAACAAAACAAUACAAUGGGACUGUUUCCAUGUUCAUGUGUAAGUACUGUACCAAGCUGUGUGUAGCCUACAUGCCUGUUGGCACACCCCCAUGACCUGCGCCACACUUUUGUGUUAUCUGGUUACACCUUCACCUGUUUUACAAAAUGAAAGCUGAGGCAUUCCAUUUAAAAUUCUCUUACAUAAUACCCCUAUUUCUUUGGUAAUGUUUAAAUUUUCUCACGCCUGGUCAUACACUGUUCAUCUGUUAACAUAGGAAACUCCAUGCGAUGGGACUCAUAGGACAGUCUUUUUGGAGCCUGCUGCUUCCUUUGAGAACAGUUGGCUAAGAGCGACAGUUUAACACUGUUGUUCUCUGUGUCUUCUCCUCUGGUAGGACCUUCCAGUCCCUGCCAUGAGUCACUGUACUAGCCCUAUCAUCCCUGCCAUCCCUGCUUUUUAACCUGUGAGUUUGUUUCUGUACAUCAAUUAGAAUUAGGAUCAAUUUAAAAAUACACUACAGACACUGCUGUAACAGUCUACUGAAAGUCUAUCUAUACAGUACUGUUAUAUUCUACCUUACCUGUAAAUAAAGUUACAUGUGUUACUUUAUGCAAAAGUGCUAUUUUUCAUGCAUUUGUUACACAGAAUUUGAUGGCACUAAUAAUUUAUGAAGCAAAGAAUAAUCCAAUUCAUUUUUGUAUCAAAGAAAAAAAUGUCAUGGGCUUACUGUAAUCACAGAUUUGUGUGUUCUUCUUCUGCAUUUAUGUUCUAAGGGAUGCCAAAUCUCAUUCAGUCAAAUCUUUACCCAUUUGCUCUAUUGCAGUUGUUCAGCUGGCUGUUGUUUAGCACAAUGAAAAUCAAUAGGCAGCAACAUGGCAAUAUUUGUGUUGUCUGCGUGUGCUUUAAUUGGUGAUGUUUUCACUGUUGGUGUGCUUUCAUAUGAUGGUCUAACCCAAUGCAUGUUUAGAACUUUUAGCAGCAUCUUUACCGAUUGAGUCGAAGAAAUCCAUUCCCAUGUUCAGCCACAUUCAGGUUUAUGACACACAAAGUCAAUAUCUAAAUCUCUAGCAACUUAAUAGUAACAGUAAACUCUACAUGUCAUAUGUUAAUUUUGAUAAUGCAGAAAACCAAAAUACAGCUUCCUUUUGGCAACUGAUUCUAGGAUUUGUGUAAAUAAGAAAAUAUUAUUUCCCAUGUCUAACUAAGGACAGCAUAGUGGUGCAGUGGUUAGUGGUUGCAUUAGAUAGGGUGUUUAGAAAAUGGAUGGAUGUCUUGAUUGUUCAUUUUAAACAAUGCACAUUCAUACAAACCCCACUGGUAGCAAAAAUGGAAAUUGCCAUUAUACUCAGCAAGCAUCUUUUUGUUAAAUAUUUGACAGUAAGGACUUUUAUUAAUCUGGACAUUUGCAUGUACAUCAAUGACAAGAAAAGAAGCUUUAGCACUAAGUACUGACUAGAAACUAUCCUGCCAGAAGGACGGUGUAUUUGCUUUAUUCUUCUUACUGCUGCCCACACAGUAUUGCAGUAUUGUUGUUUUUCUUAUUACAAAGUUCGAAAAGGUUUUCUGGAAAUGUCUUUUUUAAAGUUACUGAAAGACACAUUGAUGCUCUGGUCCUACAUUCAACCACAGGAUUAUGUGUUUGAAAAAAGUUAAAUUAAGUUGCUGUGUUCUUCUUAUCUAAAAUAUUGUAUUGUAUAAUUCUGUGAGCACAUAAGAAGAAUGUGGGUCUUAAUUGGAAUCUCAAGGCUAAUUUGCUAGCAAUAAGAAUUUAAUCAGUUAUCAGCAUAGUGACAAAUACCUUUCCAGCAGUACAGAAAUACACCAAGAGAAAUAAUAGGUUCAUGUAGAUUAGUUACCAAGUGAUUUGGCAGAAUUGAAUAUUUAGCUCUCAGAGGGAUGUUUAUUUUUCACACUGAAUGCCUUUUUGAAUAUUCCUUCCCAUGUAUAUAAUUUGUGUGGUUUAGGUGAUUCUCUGAAUGUUUGAUUUUUUUUCUUCAAGAUUUUUAUAUCUUUUGGUGAAAUGUAAUAUAAUGGCAUAAAUAAAA